UCACUGGCAAAUAUUACAAGUCUUGUGCAUUCUCCUUUCGUCCUUCUCCCUCGUGUUGACACUUUUCGAAUCUUCUCAUGUCUAAUUUUUUGUCUAAUAUAUAUUCAUCAUGAAUGCAGGAACUACUAAAAUCGGAAAGGCUCCAGAAGGAGCUCACAGAACGUUAUGGGGCCAGCUUACUUUUGCUCAAUGGGCUGCUGCGGUCGGCGUUGAUCAGAAAACCUUGAGGGAGCGUUUAAAUUAUGGUAUUCUUUGCAAAGAUAAAAUGAUAAAGAGCAAUAUACGUCUUGUUAUUUCUAUUGCAAAAAAUUAUCAGGGAGUUGGGAUGAACCUUCAAGAUUUGGUUCAGGAAGGAUGCCGAGGCCUUGUGAGAGGUGCAGAGAAAUUUGAUGCUUCAAAAGGGUUAAAAUUCUCCAUCUACGCUCACUGGUGGAUAAAGCAGGCUGUUCGGAAGUCUCUUUCUGACCAAUCCAGGACAAUUCAAUUGUCGGUAAAAUUCCUGUAAAAUUAAUUUCUUUACAAGUAAAUUUCAUAUUCCAUUUUUCUUGUGCUGCAAAGGAAGAUGUUACACAAUUAUUCAUUCUUGAAAAAAAAUCACCUGUUGUUCCAUUUGGGUGUGGUACAAUUUAAUUUGUA